GGCCUGCCGCCCUUCCGGGGGCAGAUUUAAGAAGCCUGCGGUGAUUGUAAAGUUUGCCUCUUUGCUGAAUUCUUCCAGAGGAAGAUAAUGGACGGAUCAUCUGCUGAAUCCCAAGGCAGCUUCAAGGAAGAGAGCUGCCCCCAGCCCAGUGCCCGUAUCCCCUUUCCAGUACGGUCUGCCAGCACUUCCACAGCCCUGGAAAGUAAAUCCUCAUCUGCGAGAACCGACCAGUUUGAUGGUCAACCACCAGCAACAUGCUUCUGGCCCCGAAACACCGAGUGCCUCAUCCAGGAGGGUCCUAAUGCAGAGGACAGCUCACUCGUUGUGUCUUCAGCUGAUGAAAAUGACACUGUGGUUCCUGCAUCUCCUCAGUCAUCCUCCAAUGUCAGCCCAUUCAGGGACUUCAUUCGCUGCCUCCCACUUCAACUGUCCAUGUACAUCCUGGGGUUUUUGGAUGAAAAAUCCCUCAAUGCAUGUGCUGCCGUGGGUAGAUGCUGGGCUUUUAGGGCCGAAGAAGUCAAGAGGGAACGUGUGUGUCAAAGGAUAAGACAGGAGAAGAUCCAGUAUUUGCAGGGGCUGUCCCCAAGAGGACCAUUUCCAAACUAUGCUAAAGUGGUCCAUGUGGGAAUUCCACAGUUAAAUGAAGAGGGUGAUGUCAUCGAAGUGAAAGAUUGGAAAAGUAUAAAGAAGAAGGAGGAGGCCAAUCUGCAGGCAGCCUAUCGUGAUCUGCAAACUGACACGAUUCAGCUGGAAGAGAGAAAUGUCUUUUGUGGCUCCUACAAUACUCGUAUCCUCACAGACCAACCAGACCGAAGCAGAAUAAUCCAUUACAAUGGUGGAAACUUGGUAGCCAUUGGCUCUGCAGACCGAAAAGUGAGGUUUCUUGAUAUGUCAGGAAUGAAGGAAGUGCCUCCUCUUCUUUCUGGCCACGCUGGGAGCAUCAAAGCGCUCUUCCUCCAUGAGAAGAAAGGGUUUGUUCUCAGUGCAAGCUUUGAUCUCAGCAUCAGAUGCUGGAAUAUACACAGUGGUGUUUGUAUGAAAAUCUUUAAUGGGCACUGUGGGACAAUCACCUGCUUGGACUUACACGAGGAGCAGUUUGUGUCGGGAGGAAGGGACGGGAUGGUAAAAGUGUGGAGCCUUCAGAGUGGGAAAUGCCUCAAGACCCUGAAGCACAGAAGUGCUGUCUGUGUGGUUAAAAUGGACGGGAGCCGUGUCGUCAGCGGGAGCGAGUGCAGGCUGGUGAAGGUCUGGUGUGCUGACACUGGCUCUCUGAUCAAGACCUUAAAGGGGCACCAAGGCCCCGUGAAGUGCUUGGCCUUUGACCAGUGGCACCUUGUCACGGGAAGCAGCGAUGGAUACGCCCUGGGAUGGAGCAUGUUGGGAAACCUGAAGAGAUGCCUGAUAGCUUUCCGCCACCCAAAGGAAGUUCUGUCUCUGGAGUUCCUCUAUCUCCGAGUCAUCAGCAGCUGUGCCGAUGGCAAGAUCCGUGUCUUUAACUUCCUGACUGGAGACUGCCUGAAAGUGCUGAUGGCCAACUGCAGAGGGGACCCCGUAUCUUUCUGUGCUGCAGAAAACAGGCUAGUGAUCAAUUCACCAACCAGCCUGCUGCUGUACCAGUUUGAGGACGUCAAGUGGGACUACACCUUAAACACUGCCCAGGAGAUGGUGGGGAAGAACAAACAGCGUAACAGGACUUCAGGCAGAGCACCCCUCUUCCUCCAGCCACCCACAGGGCCCAGCCCCAGCCAGAUCCAGCGGCUCGCUCUUGAGACACCAGUAGCUCCCCAGCAGCAUUUUCUCACCGUUGAAAAGACUUUUAGUCUCCAGGCAGAGCAGCAGAAAAAGCUUUUCACCCCUGGCACCCCAGAGCCCCGCACCUCUGCCUCAGGAAAGCCAGAGAGAGCAUCAUCUGCAAGAAUCCCAGCAGGCACAGGUGGCAAAUCUGGACGUAGCCCUCCUCUCUAUUCACAUGCACGUCCUGAUGGGGCAGAAGAUGCUUUGCAGAAUGAAAAGGGAAGAGACCUGUGUUGUCCCAUGUCCCGUAAGAAGUUGUUCUUAGUGAUCCGCACGCUGCAGAAGGCAGCCACCAUCAGCUCCAGCAAGAAGCACACUGCCAAAGUCAGGGAAGCAGGGGAACAUCAGCAACCCUGUCCCGAAAAGGUGCGGCUACACAAAACCCUUCUGCAACACAGAAAGGAUCAGAUGGCCCAGCUCCAACGUGUGAGACUGCACAGCGACUCUCUGACUAUGAAAAAAAUUUCUACACCCUUUGAAACCAAAAUGCUGCAGCUCAAGCUGAAAAGCUCUUUGUAUGGACCCACUGUGAAUUCCUCCAUCCCUGCUCCUUCCGUUGUACGUCUCAAGACUUGUGGUUCCCCACGAGAAAAGAAAGCUCACGGUGGUCACAGUAAAGUCAUUCCUCUCCCUGAAGAUGGGGUUCAACGUAUCGCUCCCUUUACAGCUUCUUCUGACCUGACCAAAUCAACAGAUGUGAGGUUUGCACAAAUGAGGAAUGAUGAGGUUUCCAGGAGAACAAAGCUUUCUGACGCUGCAGCCCCUUCCUGGAGUGAUGGUGGGUUCAGGCUUCUCACAGCAAAACAGAAGGCGGCGAUUGAAGCAGCUGCUGUAGCUCAGCAUGAGGAACAUCAGGCAAAGCUCAUGGAAGAUCAGCAAAGAGCACGCAAGAAGGCCUGGCUAAGGAAAGUUAAAGGUCUACCUGUAGACUCUUUUACUGGGAAAGGGAAAAUAGUGGCUCCUGAACUGGGGUCUAACACGUUUAUCUGAGGUAAUCCCUUAGUCCAAUUCUGACGUCCAGUUGAUUCUGCCAUGUCAAGGUCCCCGUGGCUUCUAACUAUAAAAGCCAUCUCCACUACACCUUUUUCUAAGAACUAUUUAUUAUUGGUAUCUUCAGCUGUUUCUCAAGGCUCAAUGGAGUGAGUCCUCUCCUGCAGUUAUCUCGCUAGACCUGCUGUUACUCCAGACAUGGCACUGCUUGACACUAAUAAAGCCCAACAUAUGGCUCAGCUGUGCGUGAAUAAUAACAAUAAAAACUUAGUGGCA